CUUCAAGAGACUCGUGUGUUUGUUUUGUUGGAGCUACUUCAGCUGUCACUUCUGAUGCCUCUGUGAUACCGUUACAUUUAGCUAACAGUUAUAAUUAGCAAAAUGCUGACGACAGAGGAUUUUACGCGCUUCCCGGUCCAGAUGUGGGACAAGGUGUUGUCGAAGGUAAAGAAAGCUGUUGUUUUCAUGGAUGACAAGUGUGCAGAGGCUCUCCACUGGUGCGGAGGUGCUGCUCUCCUACUGGAGGCUGGAGCCCGAAAUGUAAAGGAGUUUUCCAGCUUUGAAGCCUGUGGUGUGAAUGAACCCAAAGCCGUGUUCGUGGUGAGCACUCUGUUGAAGGGCAGAACAGUGGACAUCAUCAAAGACAUCAUAUCCCUCAGUCACUUCCAGUAUUGUGUUGUCUUCACCACCGUUGCUCACUCCGUGCACCUGCUCGCCAACAACGUCACCACAGACAUGGAGGGGAGCCCUGUGUUUGAGCAGUUUGAAGAGAAGCUGUGCGAGUGGAUGGGAAACAUGAACUACACGGCUGAAGUCAUGCACGCGCCAGUGGUCUUCGCCCCUGUUUCACAGCAGCUGCUCGUCACACCCACGUUUGCACACUUGUUCCCCCUGCUCUCACCUGAUCUGGAGGCAAUAAAUGUAAAACGACCAGAGAAGAAGAGAUUUGGGAGCCUGGCUGACAUAGACAUGCACUCUCUCCCCACUGAGCUGCAGUUUGAAAUCAAAUCCUUGGCUUCCGCGUUAAACUCAGUGUUUGAAGCUACAGGCACCAGGGAGGAGAGUUUUGCUGUGGGUCCCAUGAGCCGCAUCAUAGCAGGGGAACUGGCCAAUCACCCUCAAGCAAAAAACCGAAGGAAGACAGCCCCAAAUAAAGCAUCCAUCAUUUUUGUGGACCGAACAAUGGACCUUACAGGAGCUGUUGGUCACCAUGGCGACAACCUAGUGGAGAAGAUCCUGACUGUGCUCAAACCUUUACCUGGUCAUGUGACAGAUGUACAGGUGGACAUGCUGGAGCUCACAAGUCUGCAGCGGACACCUCACUCCCAGACCACCCUGGCCCCCGGCUGCCUCGCACAGUCCCAGUCUCCUGCAGCACAGUCACUAUGGGAGGCCAUGCUGACCAGUAAACACAAAGAGGGGGUGAUGGAGGUCCGUCGGCAAAUAGUGGAAGCAGCCAGCAAGGAGAAGCUGCCAAUCAAGAUGAGCAUGGGCCGUGUGACCCCCGAGCAGCUGUGCUCCUACAUGCAGCUGUUCCGGAGCAGUUGGGGGGCGCUAGAGAGUCACUGCGGGGUGCUCCAGCUGGGCCUGGCCACGGCCCAGGCGCUCCGCCAUCCCGGCCUGCCCCGCUGGGAUGCCUGCCUGGCCUUCGAGAGGCUGCUGCUACAGGCUCUCGGAGACUCUGAUUUCCCUGCUGUGCUGAGGCAGCUGCUGCCCUUGAUGAAGCCCCGUGGAGGUGAGGACAGUACGGCCUCGGGGUCGAGGUCCAGGGAGGAUGAAUGCGGGCCUGACGAGCUGAUCCUCCUGCUGGUUUACCUUUACUCCCUGGCUGACGAGGCGCAGCCUGCAGACCAGGACACCGAGGAGGAGGAGCUGGAGAAGCUGGAGAGGGAGCUGAUGGGAGCGCUCACCCUGGUCAUCACCCGAGAGGCCGAACUCAGCCCCUUGCUGCAGAAACUCACCGGUUGUGCAAAGCCCGAGGAGCUGACCACAGAGCGAGCCCAUUCUGCUGUGGAGGCGAUGUUCGAGACCCUCCGAGGUUUGAGCCACACCAGAGACCACCUCAAGCAGCUGCGCUCCGUCUACACCGCCAGCGAUGGAGUUCACCAGGCAACCUAUCGUCCUUUCCUGCGGCAGAUCCUGGAGGAAGUCUUCCACCCUGACAGAGUUGAAUGUCCCGACAUCGAGCACAUGUCUGGAGGCCUCACUGACCUGCUUAAGACUGGCUUCAGCAUGUUCAUGAAGGUGACUCGCCCACAUCCCAGCGACAACCCUCUGCUCUUCCUCUUCCUGGUUGGUGGGGUCACGCCCUCAGAGCUUCGUCUCAUCAAAGAGAUGGUUAUGACACAUAAACCAGGGACCCAGGUGCUGGUUUUGUCCACCAGAUUACUGAGGCCGACGGAUAUCCCCGAGCUGCUCUUCACCACCCAAAGACUGUUGCCUGAUAUCGGUGUCUAAAAGGGCCGUCACGUGGAAACGCACGAAUGCACACGUGGAAGGACACAUGCACCGUAAACGUCACGGCACCUCGUCAGGUGUGAGUCUGGUAAUCAGAGUCAGUGUCAAAAGCUGCGAAUUGAAAAAGGAGGACGUGUUUCGGAAAUGAAGCAACAUUCCUGUCAUGUUCAUGUCGAAUUUAAUUCUGAGGGUAACUGUUAUUAUGUAAAAGUAGCUGUUGGGUUUAUUUUUCUUGAAGACAGAACAGAAAAUGUCUGAGCGAGAGAUGUAAAACGACAUCAAAUAAUAAUAUGUAACAAUAAAAUCUUUUUAAACUGU